GGAACUUCACCUAUAGUUCACACAAACCCAGAACUUUUAAAAGACAAUAAAGAAAAAAAAAACCUAGAUAAGACUAAUAGCUGAGAUGUCAAACUGAUGAAGAAAAGGGAAUUUUAAAAGCCUAUUUAUAACCCGGAAGACCUGUAAAAAAAAAAACACUUGGUUUGAUUCACAGAGAGAACUUCGUCCUCUGUGUUAAGUCGUAAAUGCAAAGUUUAGACUCACAUUCAUUGUAGAGAAAAAGAAAAUAGUUUUCACUUGCAAGAGGAGCAGUAACACAGAUGUAAUAGAAACAGAUCCGUGCUGAAGUCACAAGUCUUCUAUCAAGACCAACCAUACACAGAUGACUGCACGAGCCUGAAUAUUCCGUGUACUAGAGAGAUAUCAUCAUACGAGGUUCAACCAAUGUCCAAUCUACUACCAGACCAGCAAACCGUCUAUAGGUGAUCAGACGAAAGAGGACAAUGGAGAAGAAACAUACGGUUGGCAUUUUCUCCAGAUCUGAUAGGAAGGAUUACUCUUGGCUGAUAUCCGUUCUCACAUCGCAACACUGCAGUGAUUGGGUCCAGGAUGUCAGAUCCACUGUCAUCUCUAACACAUUGACAACAUUCAUAGGUGACGCAUCUCGGUGCACAUUUGGAAUUCUGUAUCACACCAAGAACAGAGGAGGAGUCAACAUUUCUGAUAUAACCGGAUCACUCUACGAUGAAGAGAUGAAAAUUCUACAUGAUUUACUUGGGAAGGAAAAUGUCAUUGUGGUGAUCGAUGAUCUGAAAGACAGCAGCUAUGAGGAGAAGAGACGAAUAUUGAAUAUUCAGCCCAGCAUCGAAACGUUGGCCUGCGAUCUUCUUCUCAUUUCAAACACAGAGAAAACAAACACAACAACACUGGUCACCAAACUGAAAAACCUUCGACCUUUCCACUCCACGUCAGAAAAAGUAACAGAAGCCCACACGAGUCAUGAUGGAAAGGAUAACAUCAAAAUCAAGACUCCAAACUUCCAAAAUAAAAACCCUGAGAUUUUACCCAGAUUUGAGAGUCCCAAGACAUGGAACAAUUCUUCUGAGGUUCAGAUGAACGUUUGUGCUCCUGUGAUGUCCAGUAGAGUAGAGGAUGAUGAGGAGGAGGAGCAUAUCUACAUGAAUAUUUUUCCAUUCUCUGAUAGUUUUGGGAGGUUGGCUAGAUUUGACAAUCCUUAUUGCUCGGACAACAUUGAGAGUCUUCAGAACUCCUCCAGCAAUGAGAAUCUGAGGGAAUGGGAUAGGUCUGGGAGUUGUGAGACAUGGAACAGGAACGAGGGCUUAGAGACUUUAGACACAGGGAAUCUUUAUGUGGAUCCUAAAGUACCAUUUUCCGAUGAGCUCUUCGAGGAAAUGCUUACAAAAGUACACAUCAAGCAAAACUCCGAAACACAACCCACCUACAAGACUUCUGAGACAGUAUCCAGGAGCUCAGUUUCCGAUGAGCUCUUCGAGGAAAUGCUUAAUAAAGUACACAACAAGCAAAACUCUGAAACACAACCCACCUACAAGACUUCUGAGCCAGUAUCCAAGAGCUCAGUUUCCGAUGAGCUCUUCAAGGAAAUGCUUAAUAAAGUACACAACAAGCAAAACUCUGAAACACAACCCACCUACAAGACUUCUGAGACAGUAUCCAAGAGCUCAGUUUCCGAUGAGCUCUUCGAGGAAAUGCUUAAUAAAGUACACAACAAGCAAAACUCUGAAACACAACCCACCUACAAGACUUCUGAGCCAGUAUCCAAGAGCUCAGUUUCCGAUGAGCUCUUCGAGGAAAUGCUUACAAAAGUACACAACAAGCAAAACUCUGAAACACAACCCACCUACAAGAAUUCUGAGACAGUAUCCAAGAGCGAGAAGCCUCCUACAUGGUGGAAUCAUAAGAAUUUACAAUCAACGUGCAAUGAUAAGAGCCCUGAGAAACAUUCAAACUCCCCAAAACGCAAGGCAUGGUUCUAUGACGAGAAUGCCCAAACCUGGUGCAGAAACGAGGACCUUGAAACACUGUCCAGUGAUACCAACCCAAAGACACCGUCCACAUCCACCGCUGGUAGUUAUGUCCCACAGCCAAGCAAGGGGAAUUUUAGAACACAGAUAGAGCCAGUGACCAAGAAUAAAAGCCCAGAGAGAAGAUCCAACAAUGAGAAUAAGAAAUGGUACUUUAAUGAAAGUAGCCAGGCGUGGUGCAGAAAUUAGAGCGUAUGACCAAGCCACGUAGAUUGGGACACAGCCCAGAUACAGGGCUUUUUCAUUUUAAAACUUUUACAUAGUUAGUCAGGUUGAAAAAAGACAUCGUCCAGUUCAACCAUAAAAAAAUAUAUAAUAUCGUACAAUCCCAUACACCCAAUUCUAUACCCACAGUUGAUCCAGAGGAAGGCGAAUAAUCCCAGCAGAGAAUGAUCCAAUUAUCUACAGCAGGGGAAAAAAUUCCUUCCUGAUCCCCCAAGAGGCAAUCAGAUUUUCC